AUGAAAGUGAGAAGGGAAGGAAGCAAUGCAAAAUGCCUAGCAUAUGUUGCAGCUUUUGUUGUUUUUCAGACCGCAAUCAUCUUGCUAUUUGCACUGACUGUGAUGCGGAUCAGAAGUCCUAAAGUCAGGUUCGGUGCUGUAACAGUGGAGAGUUUCAGCACUGUCAAUAGCAGCUCACCUUCUUUUGACAUGAAAUUGAUGGCCCAGGUGGCCGUGAAAAACACAAAUUUUGGUCACUUUAAGUAUGAAAACAGCACUGUCACAAUCUUAUACGGAGGCAUGCCGGUUGGGGAGGCAGCUAUUUUCAAGGGUCGUGCAAGGGCCAGGCAAACCAAAAAAUUCAACAUUAAUGUUGAUAUUAGUUCCAGUAGGUUAUCCAGCAAUUCAAACCUUGGAAAUGAUAUUAAUGCAGGUGUUUUGCCGUUGAGCAGCCAGGCCAAGUUGAAGGGAAAGGUUCAUUUGAUGAAGGUGAUCAAGAAGAAGAAGUCUGGUGAAAUGAGCUGCUCCAUGGGAAUCAAUUUGGCGACUCGUGCCGUACAGGAUUUGAAGUGCAAAUGA